ACUAUGAUAAAGACUAAACUACAGGCGGGCGUGAAUAAUACUGUACAAAAGAUAAAUGUGCAAGCUCAAAUUGAUAAAAUGACAAGAGAGAAUAUUGACACGAUACAAGCAGAUAUAAGCAACGCCAUAUCACAGGCAAAAUCCAGUAUAAGGGAUAUGGGCAUUGAGACGACCGUAGCGGACAACGUGAAACUCUUUUCACAAUAUGAUAAGUACAGGAACUAUGGCGGAAUUGGUUUAGCGUCGAUUCUUCUUCUCGUGGUACUGCUCCAAGGGUUUGGGCUGGCUUUUGGUCUGUUCGGUUCUAACUCGAACGCAAAGCCCACAGAACGAGGGUGUCUGUCCAACGCUGGCGGGAAUAUGCUUAUGGCGUCUGUUGGAUUCCUGUUUAUUUUUGGAGCGAUCAUAAUACUCAUUACAUCGAUGCUAUAUCUGACCGGAAGUAUCGUGGAGAGGUAUAUGUGUCAGUCGUUCAAGAACCCAAGCAGGAUUGAGAAGUAUGCAAACACGUUCACGAACAUUGACCUUGAAAACAUCCAGUUUGCUGUUCAAGGAAAAAUGUUGAAGUUUUCUAUAUCAGGAAUACUGAGGUCGUGCAAAGAAGGAAAGACAUUAUAUGACGCUGUGCAGCUGGGAAACGUCAUCGAUAUACGCGACAUGUUGAACAAAGUCAAGUCUUACAAGGACAAAAUGAUUCCAACUGAUUUUGCUAAAAAUUUGGAUUUGACGAAUCUGCACUUGUCUGAUAACGCUGGGAAACUGAAACAACAAAUAACAACUCUUAAAGGAUCCAGUAAACAAAUGGAUGAUGUCACGAAAAAGAUACAGACUUUAAGACUGCUGUUAACAAAACUACAUCCAGGAGGGUUCACCAGUGUGAAUAAACUUGAAGCAUCUAUUAAACAACUCCAACCAAUCAUCACACAAUUACCGAAAACACUGAAUGGCCUGACCACGAUAUUAACACAGCUGGACACAGAUUUGCCCAAAAAGGCAGGGAAAUACAUCAAGGCAUCAGUUGAUUUCUUCACCGGGCACAUCUUUGGAAUCUUUGAUUCAUUUGUUAAUGACACCAUGCAUCACCUGCAUACUGACCUGGGUAACUGUCGACCAAUCUGGUCUGUGUACAACGCACUGGUCCUCGAAACACUGUGCCACGGAAUCGUGGAUCCCCUGAAUGGCUUCUGGUUGGCUCUAGGAUGGACGAUUUUCUUCGGUUUGCCAUCUUUGGUAUUUUCUGUGAAGCUUGCAAAGCACUUGAGACGGAUGAAAUAUUUAGAUGAGUUUGGUACUACGACAUCUGAAGAAAAUGCGAUGACAACGUUUGCCAUUUCUUCUGAGGGAAAACCAUUUGCCAACAAAGUAGAACAUCAAGACAUACAAGGCAGCAUUCUACCCUAACUGAAACCAGCCUAGACGUACAAGGCUUGAAUUGUUAUAUUCGCGGACUCUUCCAUCCAACUGAAAUGACUUGUUUAUAUCCGUCCAAAUGUGAUAGUUUUGUUUGUUGUGUGCAUUUUUUUUUUUAAUUUACGUUAGACGUUUCAAAAUAUAUUGUGUUAUUUCUGCCGGAUUUUAUUUUGUAAUGUCCAUACAUGAAGAUAUGAUUUGCAAAUAAAGUGUUCUUUUCUAUCAGCA